CCGGAAAUUCAAGAGUUACCUUCUCCGAAUCUAUUUUUCGAUACGGGAUAUGUAGAAAACAAAUAAGAGAUCGAAGGCAAAAUGUUGACAGAUGUGUCGCGAGAGUGUAAUGUGAGAUUACUUUGAGGAUGUUACUGUGAGAGGAUCAGAUGGGCAGCUGAGGUAUUGUCCUUGACAUUCAGUUACCAUGACACUGUAUCAUAAAGUGACCUUGACCUUGCUGGUCUGGAGUGUAUUUGUGUGUUCUGUUGUAAGGUCACAAACUCUGACACAAAAACUGGAUUUAUUAAUGAAAAAUGCAUCUGUUACACAGUAUGAUGAAUAUCUAUGUAGUAGUUAUAAACUGCCAGCAACUGACCAAUAUAUAGUGCAAUAUGAAGCUUUAGCUAACGCGGGCACCGCCCACCACAUUCUGUUGUUUGGUUGUGAUGAACCAGCCAGUAACGAUGCCUACUGGCAUUGUGGUCGAUUAUGUAAAUCACAGGAACAAAUUUUAUUUGCGUGGGCCAAAAACGCCCCUCCUCUCCAACUACCCAAAGAUGUUGGAUUUCGUGUUGGUGGUCAGACCAAUAUAAAAUAUAUUGUCAUCCAAAUCCACUACAUAAAUCCAUUACCAGCGGGAUCAUUAGACACUUCAGGGAUAAGGCUUCAAAUGACCUCUCUAAGACAGAGGUACGAGGCCGGUAUUUAUUUAUUGUUGGCGUAUUCCGUGAGGAUACCAGGCAACAGCAUCAAUAUUUUUGCCGAUAUUUCUUGCCAGUUUAAAGCGAGCGGUCCCAUAUAUCCUUUUGGAUUUAGAACACAUGCUCACAGUUUAGGCAGGGUGAUAUCUGGGUACCAGGUCAAUAGUACGUAUAAUCUGAUUGGGAAGGGGAACCCCCAAUGGCCCCAGGCUUUCUACCCAGUAGAGAACAAAAUUGUCAUCCAGAAAGACGAUUAUCUGGUUGGUCGCUGUGUGUAUAAUUCCACUGGAAGAAAUCGAGACACUUAUAUUGGGGCCACACAUAACGAUGAGAUGUGUAACUUCUACAUCAUGUACUAUGCAGACCGGAACACCAGACUGCAGUACCACUCCUGUGCCGGGAACAACAUGCCAGGUCUGGUUCAGAAACUACCGGCAUACUCCUACCAACAGCUUCCCCACAAUCCCCUCCUGGAGAUGGCAGCCCACGGGACGCACGGUCACAUGGGGGAUGCUAAAGGUCACAGUGGGAAUUCAGUAGUGACCGCUGCUCCGGUUACCAGGGCGCCAACAACAACUCCGACGCCAGCACCGACAAAACCCACCACCAGAAAACCAGAAACAGUGACUCACUUGAUGGACUUCGAGUCUGACUUUGGUGGCUCCAUGGGGAGCCCGACCCCGGGGUCAGAGGUCGUGAUAGGUCAGGUGGGCGGGGUAGCAACGGACAAGUACGGCAAUGUCUAUGUGUUUCACCGAGGGGAGAGGGUUUGGAAUGGACAAACUUUCGACUACAACAACGUGUUUCGGCUGCAGGACAAACCCAUCAGUGCUAACUGUAUUGUAGUCUAUGACAAGAAUGGGCAAGUCAUCAGGCAGUUUGGCAGAGACAUGUUCUUCCUACCUCAUGGUAUUACCGUGGAUGACAACAUGAAUGUGUGGGUGACAGAUGUGGGUCUUCAUCAGGUGAUGAGGUUCCCGGCUGGCAGUGACCAGACUGAUUUGGUCCUGGGUCUCAGAUUCAAACCAGGCAAGGGAAAUAACCAGUACUGUAAGCCUUCAGAUGUCGCCGUAAUGUCUACAGGGGAAUUCUUUGUCAGCGAUGGGUACUGUAACUCUCGGAUUGUGAAGUACGACAGGACAGGAUCAUUUAUCAAGGAGUUUGGAGCCAGUAGUACAGCUACAUUUGGUACAGAUAAACCCGGCCCCGGUACCUUUAACGUACCCCACAGUAUGACCAUCGCAGAGGACAAAGGUCUCCUGUGUGUGGCUGACAGAGAGAACGGGAGAAUUCAGUGUUUUGACUUCGAGGGAAACUUCCAGCGGAUGGUAGAAUCCCCCGACUUCGGGGGACGUCUUUUUGCCGUGUCUUACUGUCCUCUACAUGGAGGGCUUUUGUUCGCCGUCAACGGACCAAACUUAUCUGGGAACCCACCUGUACAAGGAUUCAUUAUUGAUAUUAACGACGGCCAGGUGAUUGAGACCUGGAAUGCCAAACCCGGAUUACGGAAUCCACACGAUAUAGUGGUGGAUCCAGUGAAUUUACGGGUGUACGUUGGAGAACUUGAUCCCACCAAAGUUUGGAGAUUUGAUAUGAAGGCAGAUGAUGGCUCAGGACGGCAGGGAGGAAUUUUCCACAGUGGCACCACCCCAGUCAGCUCAGGGACCACCGUGAACGCCACAUUUGUGGAGACCCAGGAGACAAACAAGAAGUCCCUGACGUCAGAGGAGGAGAUGAUGCCGGCCAUCAUCAUCGGGGCCCUGCUCAUCAUCCCCAUCAUCAUCAUCAUAGUCAUUGUCAUUGUCAUCAGAAUCUACAAAAAAGAUUUCAUUAUUGAGGAUAGGAGAAAAAGUGAAAUAUUUGCCAACACAAUUGUUGCCGACGACAUCGAUCACGGUCCCGGAAGAAAUUUAACAUUGGUAACUUCCUCACUCCACACCGAGGAUUCGACCGACUGAGUCAGGAGGAGAGUGACACAGAAUUCGACCCGCUCAACGACGACUCGGAGGACGAAGAGGAAUAUUCCAUCACCCGAAAAGCCUGAGAGGUGAAAGGUCGAGGGUCAAAAAUCUUGUGCAAUUAUUUGAGGAAAAUUAGGAGUCGUUGAGCGGUUAAUAACAAUAUGUUGUUACUUAUUUCUGAGGCCUGAAAUCUCUGCAUCUUUUCACCCCAGUAGAUCCUGAGUUGUGAUAUUAUUAUGUAGAUUUCUUGUUGUUAUGUGAUAAGAGACUGUUUGUUUUUAAUGUAUAAAAUAUAUAAUUAUAUAGACAAAGCCACAUUGAUAGAGAAUGGGCCACCACAAACUUGAACAGUGUAGAAAUUAGUUUUUUUAUAAGGAAAAAGAAAUAAAAGAAAAAACAAGAAGUUAAAUUAUUUGAUGUGAAAUCCAUUGAAUCUAAGUUUAGUCAUGACCAGGGUAAUAUUAAUUGGGUGGGGGCGUUAUACGUCUUGGGAUAAAGUUCCUGUUCUUUGGUCGCAGGUGUUUAGACCUGCAUCGUAAAUACCUCAUAAUUUUACGUAGACAGGGCUACGUCUUAGCGAUUACAGAACUGAUUUAUUUUUGUCCUAUGCAUGCAUUUUAUUGAGACUUGAUGACCAGUUUAUGUUUCGCAAGGUUAAAAUUACCCUGAUUUUUUGUUUUGUAUAGUACAGUGGUAAUUUUAUAUUACCAAUAAUAAAUUAUGAUUAUAAUUGUUAGGUAUUUAUUGACAAAUUGUAUUUUUAACCAAUCUAUUUAUUAUUAAUAUUAUUUAAUUAUAUCUGCCAUUGCUGAGCAGAUUUAAACAUGCAAUAUGAACCCAAAUUGUUCAGGCCUAUUUUUGUAGUUUCUUGUGAUUAUAGCCUUUUCCAUGUUGUGUGUUAGGACAUUGUGUCUCUUUUAUUAAUGAUUUCACAAUCAACUUUUCACAACACAGCCCAGAAAGGGCUAAUUUUAUUAUUCAGAUGACGGACCUUUUAGUAUUCUCAUUUUUUUAUAUUGUUAUGUUUAUAUACUUUAUGUUAAUAUUUUCUGCACAAUUAUUGCAAUAUCCAUGAUUUUGUUUACCAUAUUAUGUCAUUAAAUUAUUAUGAAAUCAUGUAUACUUCUGCCACUAACAAAUAUAUAUAGUACUUAUUUGCGAUUAUAAUUUCAAAAUCUAGGUACAUGUAAGGCAACAUGUUUGACAUCUGCUCUGGUGAAGGUCAUAGGUCAAGGUCAUGAGUCAAGGUCACAUGUCCUUAUCUUGUAACCAUACCAUGCUUUCUAGUCCAUCGUAUAAACACAUUCCUAUUUUGUUUCUUGAUAAAAUAUUAUUUAUGAUAUUUCGAAAGAAAUUAUCCAUUGAGCUUUCAUUUCUGAUUCCCAGAUCUGAAUUAAAUAUUGAUAAAAUGCUUGAAUGUCAAUAAUUUUAACAAAUUAUACACCUACCUUUGGCUAAUUUAAAAUUGAGAUUUAUGGAAGAACCAAUCACAUGUUUUAUAAAUCAUGUAUAUAAUUGUUAUUUUCUUACUAUAUAUCUUAUUAAUGUCUGUUAAUUCUUUCUGAAUAUUUAGUGUACCGAUCUCAUUAGCUCAUUUAUACAUGUAUUGGUAUUCAAAGUUGAAAAUGUAAAGAUUUUUCAAACUUGAAAAUAUAAGUUUAUAUCAGACAUGCAUUUUCAUCAGUAUGCGUAUAUAUGCUUGCUUUUCAUCCAUUCAGUUGGUGCAGUAAGCUGGAAUCUUUAUUUUUCUAUUGUACCUCAAGUAUUAAAGGAAGAAUGGUAGGCUUUUUAGAUCAGUGGUAAUAAAUUAUUUUACUAUUUCACUAUUAAACACCUAUACAGAUUUUAUAUCUAUGUCUGAACAAUAUUUUCAUUCUUACAGCUGUAUGUAUUUUUUAGAUUUCUCUGUUAAUACUUUGGUGGUGUCCUUUUGUUGUUUUAUGUUUUCUUCAUUAAUUCUGUGCAAUCAUGCCUAAAACUGUUUAUAAUGACCAAGGGAAGUAACUGUGUAUUAUUUCUGUACUGUUGCUUCUCCAUUUCUGUUCUGUAACACUUGUUCAAGAUUUAUACAAGAGGUUUUUCCUUUUGUGUAGAAAAUAUUUUAUUUUGUAUUUAACACACAAAAGCUGUGUUCUAUGUUAAUGUGUCAUUACGGAUCACCUUCCCAUCUUUCUUGGGAAUUUUAUGUUAAUUUUCCCACCUCACUUAUAGGGAGUCUUCUGUUACCAGCUGCACUUGUUGGGGCUGUAUAUGAGUAUUACUAAAUUAUUGCAUUUUAUUUAUCAUCAAGAUGCUAUCUUGUUAUGCUAGCUAUUCAUGGUGGAUCUUUGAUUCUUGUUGCCAAAGUUGAACACAGCCCCAUGGCAUUCUUGUCUCUAUACUAGCAUUCCAUUAAUGGUGUUGUCAUAUCAUCAGUAAAUAUUAUAAAACAA